GGUCAUUGCCGUGGUCGCUCACGUUCUGCGAUCAAGGCGAUAUAGAAAGCUAAAUGUUCGCUUCUAACAAUAAAUAAGAGCGGCGCCCCUGAGUGACAGUACCGGGGAGGAGCAACCUAGGAUAGCUAGUGAUACCGUGCCCUGCGGCGGGGGGCAGAGAACGGAAAUUAUAGCUGUGCCUGACAAGGAGGGAGGGGCUAGCUCCCGGGCCGUUGCUGUAACCGGAGAGUAGGGGGAGCGGUGGGCUCUGCCGGGGCCACCAGCGAUCAUGGCGGCGGCGGAGCUGGAGUGGAUUCCGGAGACCCUGUACAAUACGACUAUUUCCGCAGUGGUGGAUAACUACAGCCGAGCCCGUAGGGACAUCCGCAGCCUGCCCGAGAACAUCCAGUUCGACGUGUACUACAAGCUUUACCAGCAAGGAAGACUUUGCCAGCUUGGAAGUGAGUUCUGUGAAUUAGAAGUUUUUGCAAAAGUAUUACGCGCAUUAGAUAAAAGACAUUUACUACAUCACUGCUUCCAGGCUUUAAUGGACCAUGGAGUGAAGGUUGCCUCUGUGUUGGCAUAUUCUUUUAGCAGACGGUGCUCGUACAUCGCAGAGUCUGAUGCUCAAGUGAAGGAAAAGGCAAUCCAGAUUGGUUUUGUUCUUGGCGGCUUUCUUUCGGAUGCAGGCUGGUACGGCGAUGCUGAGAAGGUGUUCCUGUCAUGUCUACAGCUCUGCACUCUUCAUAAUGAAAUGCUGCAUUGGUUUCGUGCAGUGGAGUGCUGUGUCAGAUUGCUGCAUGUUCGAAAUGGGAACUGCAAAUACCACUUGGGAGAAGAAACCUUUAAACUUGCACAGAGUUAUAUGGAGAAGCUAGCAAAGCACGGACAGCAUGCAAACAAAGCUGCUUUGUAUGGCGAGUUGUGUGCUCUGCUAUUUGCUAAAAGUCAUUAUGAUGAGGCUUAUAAAUGGUGUAUAGAAGCCAUGAAAGAAAUUACCAGCGGGCUUCCUGUGAAGGUGAUAGUCGAUGUGUUGAGACAAGCAUCGAAGGCAUGUGUAGUGAAGCGAGAGUUCAAGAAAGCUGAACAGUUAAUAAAGCAUGCAGUAUACCUUGCCCGGGAAAAUUUUGGCUCCAAGCAUCCUAAAUAUUCGGACACAUUACUAGAUUAUGGAUUUUACCUUCUCAAUGUUGACAACAUAUGCCAGUCCGUUGCAAUAUAUCAGACUGCCCUUGAUAUCAGACAGUCAGUAUUUGGAGGAAAAAAUAUUCACGUGGCAACAGCUCAUGAAGACUUGGCCUACUCUUCUUAUGUCCAUCAGUACAGUUCAGGGAAGUUUGAUAAUGCAUUAUUUCAUGCUGAACGUGCCAUAGAUAUCAUUACUCAUAUACUCCCAGAAGACCAUCUUUUAUUAGCUUCUUCAAAAAGAGUUAAAGCACUAAUCUUAGAGGAGAUUGCUAUAGAUUGUCACAACAAGGAGACUGAGCAAAAACUUCUUCAAGAAGCUCAUGAUCUUCACCUUUCUUCACUACAACUUGCUAAAAAAGCCUUUGGUGAGUUCAAUGUACAGACAGCAAAACACUACGGAAAUCUUGGCAGGCUGUAUCAGUCCAUGAGAAAGUUUAAGGAGGCUGAGGAAAUGCACAUCAAGGCUAUUCAGAUUAAGGAGCAACUGCUUGGCCAAGAAGACUAUGAAGUAGCACUCUCAGUGGGACAUUUGGCCUCUCUCUAUAAUUAUGACAUGAAUCAGUAUGAAAAUGCAGAGAAGCUCUACCUUCGGUCUAUAGCUAUUGGUAAGAAGUUAUUUGGUGAAGGUUACAGUGGACUGGAAUAUGACUACAGGGGCCUCAUUAAACUGUACAAUUCUGUGGGUAAUUUUGAGAAAGUGUUUGAAUACCAUAAUAUAUUGGCAAACUGGAACCGAUUGCGAGAUCGUCAGUUUUCAGUCACCGAUGCCCUUGAGGAUGUAAAUGCCAGUCCCUUGUCAACAGAAGAAGUUGUGCAAUCCUUUCUCAUGUCACAGAGCACCACGGAAGGGCCGACUUGUUAAUUAAAGGAAAAACAAAAAACUCUUCAGCUAUGCCAGCUGUUUUUUCUCAACGUACUGGGAAAGUUCAUACUGUGAAAUUGCAAGCAAACACACAGAUGCAACUCUAGCUUUGUCCUAUGGAAAAAUGGCCUGGAUAACAGUCACGUGUCUGCUUGAUGCCUAGUCCCAUAAGGAAUGUUCACAUCGUAAUCCACCAUUUCUACUUAAAGUCACAGGACAAAGAACUAGUGUUUCCAUUUCUUUUGCAGCUCCAAUAGGCAGAUGCAAAUAAAACUGUUUAAGAGUUUAUAAGAGAUGCGUUUCCCUGUUUCAUUGGGGCAGGGUGUUACAUAUGAUGUACUGAUAGUUCACUCCACCUAUUAUUUCAUGCUCACGGGAGCUCUGUUUUCAAAAUGGCUGACUCCAGUUAAUGUUCUUCUGUGUCUUGUUAAUGCCAGAUCUUGAAGGAGAAAAAAGUGUUUGUAGAAAUCCUGUAAGGCCAUAGUCUGCUCUCCCUUUUAGCUGCUCCCUUUUGCUCACAGCGCAUGCUAAACAAUAGCUUACCGCUUCUACGUAAUCCAUUUCCGGCGGAUUUUGACAUCUCGGCAUGCUGUAAGUUCAGCUCAUUAACAUUCGCUAGCAAGAAAAUACACACAUAGAUAACGAUGGUACCAUUCUCCAUACAGCAAUAAAUCUGACUCUUUCUUAGGGUUUGAAGGAAAUCUAUUCUAAUUAACUCAUUUUAUUUUCUGUAUUUUUAUUUUUUUCUUGCAGCGCCUUAGUACUAAUGUUUUUCAUUACUAACUGUACAAUGUAACACAACUUUUAUACUAUUAUGAAGUACUAUAAGGAAUAGUCAAAUUGUCUGUGCCAAGGAGCCCUAAAACCUGUAUUGUCUUUUACGUAUUGCAGCAAUUCACUAUUUUUUUUCUUUUCUAAUGUUACAUGUUAUCAGUUCUUAAUUUUAGUAUGCUGUAGUGUGUAUGUGAGCUGUGUAUUAGGACCACAUUCAUCAUGUGUUGGGUAAAUGCCAAAAAAACACUGCGUAGGCCAUCAAGCACAAGCAAUGCAAACUGAAUCUUAAAUUGUCGUAACAUUUGACCAGCAAGCUGUAGAAUUGACGUUGGCAGUGCCCCAAUGGGCAAGAAGGUUUGAGGAGAUACAGACCGAAAAAACAAUUAUUUAUAUAUUUAUAUCUAAUAAGACAUUUAGAAAUGGAAGAAGUAAAAAAACACUUAACCUAUAUAAGCAUAUCCUUAUAAAAUAAAGAUUUGUAAGUAUCCGUUACAGAUCCUGAGACUAAGUUUUGCUUGUGGACUACAGUUAUGCACAAGGCUAUUUUAUCAUCUAUAAAAUCUCACCCCAUGCGCAAGGCCAUAUAUGUAAAUGGGUUGCACAGUUUUGGACAGAUCCUCAGAGGGCCACCCAACGUCCACGCCUGGAUUCUGUUAUCGAUGAUGUGCAGUGAAGAAAUUUUUGGGAGCUUUUGUACUGUAGAUGACUUUUUUGGCUACUACUAUAGCUAACAUCCCAUUGCACUUUUAUUUUAGUCAAUUUGUUUCCCCCUCUUCCUCCUAAAGUGGGAGAGUUCUUCUCAUGUAUGUGUGUAACACAAGUCACAAAUGUCCCUGUCUUAGUCCCAGCAUAAUUUGCCUUUGACAGAAUAUGUCUUCUAGAACUUUGACAUGUGCUUAGUGAUUUGUGGCUAUGAAAUGUCUGUACCCAAUGGUCUGUAUUUGCUGCUUAACUUUAGUAGGCGUGCUGGGUGAAAGUUUUGUGCCUUUUCCACUUUUCACUGGUAUAACCAGUAAGUGCCUCUUUCUGCUUUUCACAUUUAUGAUGUUAGCAGACAGAGAAAUGUAGUUAUAGAUAGGACUAAGCAGAUACAUAUACCCACUAAUAAUAAAUAAAAAUCCUGGCUGUGAAAUAUAUAUAAAAAGUAUAUAAAAUAUAUAAUAUAUGAACAUUGCCAGGCUUUGAUGAAACAUAUAAUAGAAUGGAGUAAAACCUGAACAGAGUGCGUAUCUUUGCGCAUUUUUAGCCAACAAUGACCUCAUUUUCCUUUAGGAAGUCUCCUAAAAUACAGCACUUAGGUGGCAUGUACAUUCGUGUUCUUUCUUCUCUUGGUAUUAUGUAGGUAUAAAGUAAAAUAGAUAAAACAUUCAUAUUUUCACUUACUUUUGGUUUAGACUACAUUUCACGU